AGAUAUUAAACUGUGCGAGGCAAUUCUGAUCUAGCUGGUUAUAUUGAUGGUUGACUAAGGAAAUAGUCCUAGAAACAUGGAAGCCAUCUACUUACUAGUACUGUUUUCUGCUAUAUCAAUGAGCCAUGGAAUUCUUUUUAAAAGUCCUAAUUGGUACACUCUCCAAGUGAGAUGGUCCCCAAACCUGAUUGGUUCAAACACAUUCAUUUCAAUGCCAAGGACAAGAGCAAUGGCGCUAUCUCAAGGAUACAGCAAGGUGUCGGAUUGUGGAGAUAUUCCCGGCAUCAACGGUGAGAGAUUUGUGAAGGAAGGAGAUUAUAGCGUUGUCUUACUGUACGAUAUCAAUGGAUACAUCGCAGGGAUACAGAUAGGCUUCCCUCAUAACGACAGUGCCCAGUUUCCCCCUGAUAACCAGAUCAACCAUCCAUUUUUACGUGUAGGCGACAUGUACCUUCUGACCGCCUACUUCACUGACCCGGCUGCCAUUUGUACCCGAGGGAGGAGGCUAGGCCAGUUCCUUGUUGAGGGCACCGGUGACGCACUCUAUAUCCAAAACGGCACCGACCCCGUCGCCAACUCUAUGAAAAUACCAAUGACUGAGACAGAGUUAGAAUCAACCAAGUGGACAAAGGGACCCUGCUUCCGAACGAUGGGUGUACAUUACUGGUAUGACUUAACAACCGACAUGUCAUGUGACGAUUACUUCCCUGUAUUCCUGUUGUACAACCGUGGCAGACUGAAUGCCUUUGGCUGGGCUAUCGGUAUGAACAUAUAUACUGAGUCGGGGAAAGUUGAACAUCCCAGUAAGGAAACCUACAAGUAUUUCAUUGACCCAGUCCCAGACUGCCUGUAUGAAGGGUCCCAGGUUAUGACUCAGCACAUCUACAUGACGUUACCGCUUCUUAACAUACUUUGUUAAAACACAUCAUGACGUUCACCAGUCACACCAAUUUGAGAAAAGUACAGUGUAUUCAAUGUAUGAGGACGUUCUAGUUGGGUAUUGUUAGAACUGGUUCAUUAAAUGGACGAGGAGUUAAUUCCUCACUUCGCUCCCAAAUCAGUAGGAAAGUUUUCCGGAAAAGGCUCCGACGGUUUAGUUAUGCAAUCCAGAACACAACACUCCACUGCCGUCUUCUUCAUUUACAAGUUUUCUUGACGAAAAAUUACUAGGCCUUCAUACUGGAUCACAUUUGGUACAUUCUAAUGAUAAGUUCCUGACAAACCGGACCGUUUAACCAGAACGUCUUGGGAUAUCGGAACGACCGGUUCAUUCCAGCCUAUCUAGAAUAUUCUGCUGUAUUGAAUACGUUAAAAGAAUGUGAAGUAAGCUGGACACGGCUACUGGUAAUGCAUGUUUUCAGUAAUAAACGUAUUGAAUGA